AUGGUUAAUGCACUAUCAAUUUUGAGCCAACCAAUUAGAACAUCAGUUUACACUCUACAGAAACGAUUUAAAGUCAAUGUUCAAAAACCAAGACCUCCACACCACAGAAGAGGAAUAGUGGAGAAAUUUAUAACGCCUUUCAUUUCAAAUCCGCAUACAUUUAAGCCUUGGAGCGAGAGAUGCCAGAAAAUCACAGAAAAUAAAGAAAAGGCCCAAAAAAAGGUUAAUCCCUACGAUGUAAUAAUUGCAAGAGAAUGUUUGAAUUGGUUUAAAAGCUCAAACAUGGUCGGCUUUUUCCACGUGAAUUCUAUUACCGGGGAGGAUCAGUUCAACUUUGCUGUCCAAUUGAAAAAAGCAAAUAUGUAUCUGAAAGGUUAUCAGACAUCGAUAUUAGAUUUAGCUUUAAAAGACACAAUUUAUGAACCGACGUUGUGCUUGCUCCAAAGGAUGAAUCGCAUUAAUCUCUUCGUUUUCAGCCAAGAAACAGAUGCUGAGAAACUAUUUAAAAUUUCAAAGAAGACGUCGCAAGUUGUAUUGAUUGCUGGUAUACUUAAUGGAAAGCUGUUACACCGUAAUGAGUUUUUGGAGAUGGGAAAAUUGGAUCUUCUGACUUCACAAGCUGGUCUUGUCCAAGUUUUGAGAAUAGCCGCUGGAGGAAAUCUUAAUCGACAGCUAACGCAUCAUCAGUCUACUUUGGUUACCCGGUUAAAACAAAUAGGUACAAAAGAAGAUAAGCCCUGUGAUGUGAAAGAAUAA